GUAUAUCGCCCACGGUUUUUUGAGUAUUUACUGAUAACUUUUUAAUGGAGAAUUUAAUAAACAUACUAUCUACUUGCUAUAUACCUAAAUAAAGUUUAAAAGAAAUGGAUAAUUGCAUGGUAUGUCUGGAAUCCAAUGGGGAUGUAUAUUCCCGCCUCAGCAUCAAUUCGGAUGAAUGGAAUAAGUAUAAUGUACAACAUAUUAUUGAGAAACACCUUUGGUGGUGGACCAAAAACCAUUUCUCAUGGAUAUGUCACGAAUGCUGGUCCUCACUUUGGUCUUUCCACACAUUUUAUUUGCGAGUGCAAAAAUCGCAGAAUAUGCAAUUUUUGACGCUGAUUAGUGGUGAGCCAACAAAGGCAGAGGAGGCGGAUGAUGAUGAGAACGUGACUGAAAAUCCAGAAGAACUUUAUGAAGACCUAAUACCAUUGGCCAAACGUAAACGAGGGCGUCCAAAACUAUUUGAAGAAAAUCUCAACAUCACCGUGGCAGACGUGGACAUUAAAAGCGAGACCGGUUCCCUUAUUUCUGAUCAUCAUGAACAAAAUUCAACUAUUAUGUCCGAUGAAGAAGGUCCCGAGUGUGAUGAAUUUCAAGACGAUUGCAGUAGCAGCAAACUAUCUUCCGCAUCGGAAGAGAUUGUAAAUGUCCCAAUUGAAAAAAGUAGGAAAACAGCAUCAUGUAAGAAAAAUAAACCCAAAGAUGAUGGAGCUUCCUCAAUCCAUUUAACAAAAAAAUAUGAUAGCUUUAUCGCCGAAAAUCAUGAGUUAUUUUGCUCUCUCUGUCACAUUCCACUUUCGGAUUUUCAAAACUUGAUUCUUCAUUUUCAAAAGGACCAUAGCAGCACCAAACCUUUUGCCAUGUGCUGUGAUAAGAAAUUCUAUAAACGGGCAAUAUUUGUGGACCAUCUGUAUGUGCACAAAGAUCCGGAAUAUUUUAAAUGUAAACACUGUGAGAAAGUGCUUUCGAAUCGGCGGUGCUUGAAAAACCAUUUAGAAUCGCAUGAUGAGUCCCGAAAAGCGAAAUAUAAUUGUGAGGAAUGUGGAAAAAAUUUCUUCAGAAGUGGUAGUCUGGCGAAGCACAAGCUUCUGCAUGUGCCCGAGGAGGAAAGAAAGUUUCAAUGUAUAGAGUGUGAUAAAAAAUUUGCUUCGGAAAGCUUAAGAACACAACAUAUGAAAGUAACGCAUUUAAACAAAUAUGCAAAAAUAUGUGAUGUGUGCGGCAAAGCAUUUCGCGAGAGGUAUUCAUUUCAACGUCAUUUGUCUGAGCACACUGGAAUACCUACACCAAAUAUAGAAUGCGACCUAUGCGGUAUGAAGCUCACAAGUAUCUAUGGUCUCAACAGACAUCGAAGAUUGCGGCACACUGAAGAAAAUAUGCAAGAACAGAUCUGUCCAUAUUGCUCCAAAGUUUCGCCUAAUAUUGCAGCUCAUAAAAGUCAUAUCCAGUAUUCUCAUACAAUGAAAAGGAGGCAUGCUUGUCACCUAUGCGAAAAGGCUUUUCGGCGACCUAAAGAAUUAAAAGAGCAUUUAAGCACCCAUACAGGCGAAGCCUUAUAUACUUGUCCCCAUUGCCCGAGAACCUUUAUUUCGAAUGCUAAUAUGCACAAGCAUAGGAAAAAUGAACAUCGGAAAGAAUGGGAGGAAAAUCGUUCACAAAAUAGAUUAUUAUUAAAAGUAUCUGAAGGCAUAAGCAAAGUAUUAUAAGUCACCAUCAUUGCGGUUGAAAGUGUCAUAAUUUUUUAAGACAGUUUUAUUUAUUUAUUUUUUUUUUGUCAUAUUGCAUGUUUAAUGUCUGAUGAUAUUUUAAGCCAAUUCGUGAAACAAUUUUAAUUUUGUUGUAGUUUAAGUUCUAUAGAUUAAAUCCAUUUCGCAACCGCAAUUCCGUAUAGCCAUAUCGUUUAUAGUAAUAUUUCCCCCCUGCAUACCAAAUUUCAAUUAUGUUUUGUUUUUUU